AUGGAACCGUUUUCCGAUGAUUUGCUAUGGCUUGUGAUUAGCGGGUUUGUUGUGGCGUUCGUAUUGGCUUUUGGCAUUGGUGCCAACGAUGUAGCUAACUCGUUUGGGACCAGCGUCGGCUCCAAGGUGCUCACACUUACGCAGGCUUGCAUACUGGCAACUAUCUUCGAAAUCGCUGGCUCAGUUCUUAUAGGAUAUAAGGUAUCGGACACAAUGCGUAAGGGCAUUCUGGACGUGUCUUUAUAUGCUGAUGGGGGCGAGAAGCUGUUAGCUGCGGGAUGUCUGUCGGCGCUGAUAUCUGGCGCCAUCUGGCUGAUUGUGGCUACAGCGCUGAGACUGCCCGUGUCUGGCACACACUCCAUGGUCGGGGCCACUGUGGGCUUCACGCUCACUGCUAAAGGCCCUAUAGGUGUGCGCUGGUCUACACUCGGAGCUAUUGUGUUAUCAUGGUUCAUAUCUCCAGCGUUGAGUGGCACGGCAUCCGCCCUCUUGUACUGGCUGGUGCGCCGUUUCAUCCUCCGGUCUGCACAGCCUGUGAAGUCAGGGCUGACGGCGCUGCCUUUCUUCUACGGGGCUACUCUGGCCGUCAAUGUAUUGAGUGUGGUGCAUGAUGGGCCUAAGCUUUUGGCAAUGGACAACAUCCCGUUGUGGCUGGCUCUAGUAUGUUCCCUGGCGUUGGGUGCUUUAGUGGCAGUGUGUGUGCGCAUGUUCCUCGUGCCCUACUAUAAACGACGGCUUGUUGCACCUCCUGUCAACUUCUCGCUUGGAUUAUCUAACGAAACAACUCCAGCGAAUACUCCAACUCAUUCCAACAAAAGCAGCAUCCCACAACGACCUACCUCCCUGUUAUCCGAAGACGGUAAAGUACUCGAAGCGAUAGCGGAAUGUGCUGAAAUGGUGACCCUCAGUGACGCUGACAAGACAUCCGUCGGUGUGAUGAACGCCAGGAACCGGGCCCUCCUAGCUACAAUGGACGACUGCAGCAUACUGUCCAGAAGUCUCAGUCCACCAAACAAGUCUCGCUUACAGCUGAUAGAUGCAGAUCCACAGAUAAACACUUUGAAGUACAUAGAUGAGACGUUGAGUUGUUGCAAAAGUUUAGAUUCAGCGCAAAUGGCUGGCAUGGGAGAGAGUUACGACUCUAGGAACGGGUUCUUGGGCGACUCGUGUGAUACCAUAGCGCGCGGGGAGUUCGACAGGCUGGCGGCGGCCAGAGCCACGCAUUGCGUGGAAUUUGAUACACCACCACCACGCAUUGAUAAGGGACCGGAUCGUGGUAGUGCGUGGAGCAUCGAGCGCUGUGCGGCGGUGGAGACGGUGAACGCGCGCACGGCGGGCAUCACGCCGAACUCGAGCGCGGCGCCACUGCUGCGGCCCGUGUCGCCCCCGCCCGCACCACCCCCACCCCCUCCACCUGACGCGCUGCGGCUCUUCUCCUUCCUCCAGGUCCUCACUGCGACCUUCGGAGCAUUCGCACAUGGUGGCAAUGAUGUAAGUAACGCGAUUGGUCCUCUGGUGGCUCUGUGGCUGUUAUACUCUGAGGGGGGAGCCCACUCUCGGGCUGAGACUCCUCUGGCCAUCCUGGUGUUCGGUGGCGUCGGCAUCGCGCUGGGGCUCUGGCUGUGGGGCCGUCGUGUCAUCCGCACUGUCGGUGAAGAUCUAACUAGUAUUACACCUGAUACUGGUUUCACCAUCGAGCUGGGCGCCGCACUGACUGUCCUGGUGGCAAGCAAGGCUGGUCUGCCAGUUUCAACAACUCAUUGCAAAGUUGGCUCGGUGGUCUGCAUCGGCUAUUUUUCCGAUAAACCCGUUGAUUGGAGUUUGUUUAGGAAUAUAAUAUUCGCGUGGGUGGUGACUGUUCCUGCUGUAGCCGCCAUUGCAGCUCUCGCCAUGUUGGCUCUAGAAACAUUCGUCGUGUAG